AUGUGGUCUCCCACUGAUUCCCCAUGGUCACCAAUAGAAUCUCCCCUUAAUCAGGCGCAUCAACAAGCUCGUCAAGCUGAUCUCUAUGUGAAAUCUGGCAAAUAUGAAGAAGCUAUUUCAUGUCACAAAAGAGCUGCAGAAUAUAUUUUGAAUGCUAUGGUGAAGGCUACUUCUAACCAGGCGAAAGAUUCUUUGCAACUUCAACAUAGACAUCAUUUCCGACAGCAAGACAUUAUAAGACAAAAGAUGAAACAAUCAAAGGUAGAAGAAUUAAAAAAGGCAGAAACUUUGCAUACUGCUGGUGCUGGGGCAGCACCCUGUUCCUCUGAUUCACCUAAAACUGAUUCUGAAAAUAUUGAUCCUGCAACGUUUUAUCGUACAGUGGACGAAUCAGACACUCUGAUUCAGUUUCUUAUAAAGCGAAAUCGCUCACAAAAUAGCCAAUUAAAAAUCCCUCUGUGUCCUGUGAGUCCUGUUGAAGGAGCUACUGGCAUGACAAAACUGCCAAAGGAUGACAAACAAUUGAUUGAAGAACUUCGGAUGCAUAAUGAGGACUUGCGAAAACAUGUUUAUAAUCUGCUGAAAGAGGUUGAAAACUAUCAGGAAGAGAACGAAGCUUUAAGGCUUAAAGUAGAAAAAUUAGAGAAAGAACUUUCCGGUGUGCAUUGUGAAAAACGGACUCCUAAUGAAUUUGAACGUUUUGUUGAUGAAGCGCUCCCUCCACUUGAAACUCCAGACUUUAAUUUUGAGGGCCUUAACAUGCGGCACCUUUGCACUCCUCCCAAAAUGGAAUCCUGGUAG